AUGUGUUCGUCGUAUGGAUACAAAGCAUUACCCUAUUUGCAAGCUGUUAUUGCGAUAGGCGAGUUCGCACUCGGUAUCGUGCGAAUCGUUGUAUAUUUUUCACCAAAGCCUGCCGUUUCUCCGACAUCUGUAUUUGGAGCAGGGAUCUCUAAUGGCACCGACAUAUCAUCGCCUCUUAUGUCCAGCACUCAAGUGAUGGCUGCAUUUGCACUUGAUUGGAUCGCAUCGAUUGUGCCUACAUUUAUGGCCGUUUACAUUACUAUAAUCAUGUUGAUUGCGACAUGCAGUGUGUGUGUGGCAUGCUUGUGCAUAACAAAAGCUAUUGCGUGUAAAAAUUCUGACACAAAGGGGUCUGGUACUCUUUUCAAAGUCCUUUGUCUAAUGUGUUUGAGCAAGCCCAAUCAUCGAUGUGUGUCCCUAACCUGCAACUGUCACUGCUACAAAGCACGACCUUUUCUUCGUUUUCAAGUUCGACUUGGCCUUUCAGCGUUUUUUCUUCUUCUUCGAAUUGUUGCCAUUAUCCUGUAUGCGUCAGCUAAGAACGUGAGUGUUUACGGUGCACAAAUGGCAGUGUAUUGCACUGCCUCUGUCGGACUUUUACUGCUUUCGAUGGGCCUUGAUUUGUAUCAGUAUCGAAUAUGGUGGCAUUACAAACUGGAUGCACUCUACAAGAAGUGCCGUUGCCUUUGUUGUCGACAACAAUUACACCCCAGUCAUGAACGUUUUCUUCCGAUCCCCUUGCUAGGAAAAUUUCGCGAUGCAAAAAAAUUGGGUGACCGGCCGUGCGAAUUCACUGUUUCUGGUGGUUGUCCUAAUCGGUCACUGGAACACAUUGUAUCCUUUCAUGCAUUUGAUUUCAAACCCCUUCGGCGCUUUCAACCUGACAAAGAUAAGACGUACAUUGGUUUCCAUUAA